AUGCACGCCAAGCUGGGUUGGAGGCGGAGAGUGAUGGCGGCAAUGCUGCCCUUCGUGCUGCUGCUGUUGUGUCUGCUUCCGCUUUCGACCGGCAAGCGCGGCAAGGGCUCUCGUGGACCAUGGUUUAAUGGUUGGUGCACGCGAAUUACCGAUCUCAAGGCACAGCGUACGAUGACGCUGAUCUUGGGCUCCUUUCACAACACGGAGCCGCAGUGGUCAGAGGUGUACACCGCUGUCCUUGUGGCGGAUGCAGAUGGUGAGCAGCAUGUGGAGCAGGUGUUUUCAGAUCCAGCACAGGCGUUGAUGCAAAAUGCGGACGUGCCUUCCGUUGAGCUGACACAUCGUUACCAUGGCAGCAACUCCUGGACUUUGCCUCUCGGGAGAUUUCAGACCAACGGCUCCAACUCAGCGCUCGAUUUUAGCUUCCCUUCUGGGCUUCGGCUCUCGGCGCAACUCUCUGGCCGAAUCCUUUGGAAUGCAGAGAAACCUCUCGAAGGUCCCGAAGGCUGGGCACGGCGACUGCCCCCAGCGAUGCUGCCAACGCACUACUUCGUGGAAACGCUGGCGUCACCUACGGACUAUGAGCUGAACGGCCACCAAGGCCAAGGUUUCGCUCACCAGGAGAUGAACUACGGAAAGCGAUUUCCAUCAGCCUUCGUCUGGUCACAGGGUAUCGCAGACGGAGGAACAACUCAGCUUGUCUUGACGGGUGGCAAGUUCACCAUAUCGGGUCUGACCACAAACCAAUACAUCCUGGCGUUCCGCUCCAAACAUCGUCAGUGGACCUUCCGGACCAUCGAUGGGCAUGGAUUUCGUGAUGAGGUGGAUGGCUGCAAUGGCACGUUCUCCCUGAUAGCUAGAUCACGGGGUCGCCGUCUGGAGCUCGUGAUUUCGGCCCCGGUGAGCAGUUUCUCGGAGAACAUCUUCGUGCCAACUGCGAAAGGAUUUAGCCGAACUCCGGGCAGCACGGAAACUCACACGGCGACUGCGGUCGUUCGGCUGUGGGAGGCUCGACAGAAGCGGGUCGCAGAGUACGCCACGUUCAAGCAAGCAGCGCUGGAGUUCGGUGGCCAUUACAACUGCGCAGAGCCAUCGAUGCGGGCAGCACCGGCAGAGAGUCAAGGAUCUGAAAGAUUGGCCUUCGUUGGCUUCCAGGAGCCCAGGAGUCGAUUCAGAGGCCGCCGCAGCCAGAGCUUGGGUCGCGGGAAGCUGGCGGCCGUUGCGCGAAGAUCUGCCGCUCCGGCCGCGCUCUGGGCCGGGGCACUGGCAGCAGCUCUGCUGCUCCGGGCGAAAUUUCGGCAGAAGCAAAGGACUCUGCAAGAGGGCAUCGCAGACUUUUACGAUGCCUCUACAGGCGUUUGGGUUGAGAUCUGGGGGGAUCAUUUGCACCACGGCUACUACGAGGACAACUCGUGGAGAUCCCUGAAGCAGCACCGAGAGGCUCAAGUCCGGAUGAUUGAGGAGGUGCUGAGUUGGGCAGAAGUCUCAUCAGACGACCCUCCACAAGCGAUCCUGGAUGUCGGCUGCGGCGUGGGAGGCUCUUCCCGCUACCUGCAGAAGAAGUACGGUGCAAAGGUCACCGGCAUCACUCUGAGCCCCAAGCAGCAAGCACAAGCCACAGCGCUAUCCAAGUCACAGCCCGACUGCACUUUCAAAGUUGCGGAUGCACUGAAGAUGCCCUUUGCAGACAACUCUUUUGACCUCGUGUGGUCGCUGGAAAGCGGCGAGCACAUGCCGGAGAAACCCAAGUUUAUGAGUGAAAUGCACCGUGUGUGCAAACCUGGUGGCCGUAUCAUCCUCGUCACCUGGGUGCACCGAAAUCUGGAAGAGAACGAAGCGCUGAAGCCGAAGGAGGUGCGCCUCCUCAAGCGCAUUAGCCAGGCGUACCACUUGCCAGAUUGGUGCAGCAUCGACGACUACUGUCACAUAGCCACGGAGAAGUUGGGCAUGACAGGCAUCCGAAGCGAUGACUGGUCCAAGUUCAUUGCGCCCUUCUGGUCCGCCGUUAUCCAGACGGCCUUGCAGCCACGGGGCUGGUGGGCGCUCGCAAGAGGUGGCCUGGAGACCUUCCGUGGCGCUUUGGUGAUGCCUCUCAUGAACCGUGGCUAUCGAACUGGAACGGUCCGCUUUGGCUUGAUGACGGGCUGCAAGGUGCAAGGCGGUGAUAUUGCUGCUGCGAGUACGGCUGCUGCUUCUGCACCGUCAGCGCUGUCGGCGUGGAAAGCAAAGCCAGAACGGCUGGCGCUCUGUGGCGCUUUGGGGCAGGUGGUUUCUUCGACCACGAAAUCCUCGAGACUCGCAGCCUUGCUGGCCAAGGUCAAGACCGUUUGGGAUUUUACGCGCCCCCACACAUUGAUCGGGACAGUCAUCUCGAUCACGACGGUACACCUCUUUGCAGUGGCUCCGGUGGCUUCCAUCAGCUGGCCGCUUUUCGCGAUCCAGACUAUCCGGGCGCUGGUGCCGGCAAUGCUCGUGAAUGUCUACAUUACUGGCCUCAACCAGAUCUAUGAUGUCGAGAUCGAUCGCCAGAAUAAGCCAUAUCUCCCGAUUCCCUCUGGACGACUCUCCAUUGGCUCUGCAUGGCUGAUCGUGCUUGGCUCUCUUUUCGGUGCAGAGGCCGUGACAUGCACCUAUGAGACGGCUGGUGUCAUGGCCCUUCAGUUCCCUUUGAUUGCAAGCGCAAUCUUGGGUACAGCUUACUCGGUGCCACCCUUUCGCUUGAAGCGCUUUCCUUUUCUGGCCGCGCUGAGCAUCAUCGUUGUUCGCGGUGUGGUCGUCAACAUGGGCUUCUACUAUUACAUUGGGCAUGCCCUUGGUGUAGCAGGACAGGUGUCGACAUUCCGAAGCGCAAUGGCUGCAGCCUUCUUUGCAGCUUUCGGCCUGGUGAUAGCUUUGAUGAAGGAUGUUCCCGACGUGAUUGGGGACCAGAAAGCGAGCAUCCGGUCGGUCAGUGUGCGGUUGGGCCCAGCGCGGGCCUUGCAGAUUGCCGUAUUCCUCCUGAAAUCAUUGCUGCUGAGCACUGCGGUGAGCUUCAGUGUGGCGAGCGUCUUGGCCAUUGCGACUGGGGUUCCUGGCACAGCAAUUGCCAGAGGCGUGUUGGCCGCGGUUUCCCUGCUCUUCUGCAGAUCCCUUCGAAGAAAGGAGAAGCUCGUCGAUGCUGAGAAGCCGAAGCAAGUAUUCGAGUUCUACAUGUUCGUGUGGAAGAUCUUCUAUUUGCCAGUCGUGGCACUCGCCUGUGGUGCCCACUUCGUUGUUUGCUCCGCCGAGGUAGCGCUACCUCGGCUGGACCCAGAGGAGAACCCGAACGUGUCACAGGAGGAUCUCUUGCUGGGCUUCUGUGAUGCCAACUCACCAGGUGUUGGCAGUUCCGUGACAUCCUGGAGGCCGGCCCACCUUCCGCCAAAGGCGGAGGAGGAGUCCGAGCACCAUCGUAACCUCGUUCGGGCCUUGGAGCGCAACGUGCAGAGGCGGCUUCUUCAAGAGCAGCGUGAGGAGCAGCAGAGACGACAACGAGAAGAACGUCGAGAGCGCCGUCUGCAGGAGCACACCGACGUGUGGCUUCACGAGCUUCUUCCCAGCUUUGUUCCAGGCAUGGAGCCGACGCAGCGCAUGCAACGCCUUUGGCGCCAGGGCUUGCCCCCACGAGUCCGCGAGGUUGUGUGGCCAGUGGCAAUUGGAAAUGUGCUGCGAAUAACACCGGAGCUUUUCGAGAUCCACAAGCAACGUGCAGUUGACGCUCGAAGAGCGCAGGUGACGGCCUCAAACGUGCUUAUCACUCUGACUGAUGCGCCACCCAAUCGUGGUCGAGAGCAAAGCACGACCUGCAUUCCUUUUGACCUGCCGCGAACUUUUCCAACGUUGGCCUUCUUCAGCGAGGGCGGUCCUCUUCAUGAAGACUGCGCGCGGAUUUUGGAGGCAUACACUUUCUUCCGGCCGGAUAUCGGCUAUGUGCAGGGCAUGAGCUACCUGGCGGCCAUGCUGCUCCUUUACUUGCCUCCGUACGAGUCCUUUGUUGGCCUGUGCAACUUGCUGAACACGCCCUCCGUACUCGGACUUUAUCGUCUUGAGCCCCGUGCAGUUGCCUGUCGGGCCCGCGUCUUCGAGCAGCUGUGUUCGCAGCAGCUUCCGGAUGUGUGCAGAUGCAUUCGAGACGUCGGACUGAUGCCAGAGAUGUUCCUCAUCGACUGGUUCUUGACCGUGUUCGCAAAGUGCUUGACUGUGGAUGUCGCUUCGGUGGUGUGGGACCUCUUUUUGCUGGAUGGCGAGGUUGUCCUUUACUGCACGGCCAUCGCCAUACUGCGCAUUCUGGAGUUCCAGCUGCUGCAUCCGGAUGGCCGUCGGGGCUUGAAUGCGGCACAACCUGAUCUCGAAAGCUGCACACGGGUCCUGAACGAGGAGCUGCGGAAGCGCGUGAGCGACCCCGACGAGCUUCUGUGGCACAUCGCACAGGUGCGACGAAGGGCUCCCCAGCGCAUCUUUGGCGAGAUUCGAGCCAUCGAGAACAUGGAAUUCGGCAGCCAAGGAAGAGUGUCGACACGAGGCUCCAUUGCUAGUGCAUUGACGGGCGCAUCGUUCUUCACAGCAGCCAAAGAGCGCAUUCUCUCUCGCUUGCUGCCUUGA